AUGAUCUACAAUGGAGAAGAUAACUUUGAAAAACAAUAUAAAAUAGAAAUAAAGAAUAAGCCUGUAUCUGAAGUGACGGCAAUGGAGACGGAGAUAAAGCGAAUGGAAACGGAGGAGAGCAAGGCCAGCGCUGCCAAGAAGAUCUCCACUACACCUUCUCCGACCAUGGGAAACUUCCUUGGGCGACGGUCAGCUUGCGUGACACAGGCCGAGGCGAAUUCAGCGAUUGCGGCCUAUAUUGUGCAAGAAAUGGAGCCUGUGUCCAAGGUCGAGUCCGCGGGUUUGAAGAACCUGGUCAGCGUCCUCACAAAGGGAAAUAGCAUUCCAAUCUACUGCCCAACAAGGAAGGGUAUGAAUAAAAUGAUCUCCGAUACCUACGACGAGAUGAUGGCGAGCGUCAAGAAGGUAUUGCAUGAAGCACCUUACGUCAGUACCACGGCAGACAUUUGGAGCAAGCGGAACCGUAGCUACAUGGGGUUGACGGCCCAUACAAUACAAUAGAUACCACAACCCUAGCCCGAAUUUCUUAUGGAGUUGCCUGCAAAAGAAUUAAA